AUGAUUCUAGAAUCGUCAACCAAAAAAAAGGCUAAAGUGGAUAGGAGGGAGGUAAUAGUUGAAGGAAUUGAAACUGAACUUGAGGAAAAAAGAUAUUUGCUUGUUCUUGACGAUUUGUGGAAUCAUCAAGAAGGAUUGUUGAAUGACUUUUUCACCACUUUGGAGGCACUCAAACCGAAGAAAGGGAGCUGGUGUCUUGUUACUUCUCGUCUCCAAGAAGUGGCAAUUGUUCUGUCUAGACAUCGGCGGAUCAAUUUUACUCGUCAUGACCUAAGAAAGCUAUACGAUGAUGAUUGCUGGUCUAUCGUGAAAAAUAGGGCAACUGUAGGGGAAGAAGUGCCAAAAGAAUUGGAAGCCUUAAGGAAGCAAGUUUUAAGAAGAUGUGACGGUCUACCUCUGGCAGCAACGUUAAUCGGAGGUUUGUUAUGUAAAAAGAGAAAAGAGGAUUGGCCAUCUAUUUUGGAGGAGAGCCUCUUGAAUGGAGAUCAGGGUGGGAUCGCCCAAAUACUUAAGGUGAGUUUUGAUCAUCUGUCACCUGCACCGGUUAAGAAAUGUUUUGCAUAUUGCUCAAUUUUUUAUCAAGAUACUAGAAUGGAACAAGAUCUACUAGUUGAGCUUUGGAUGGCUGAAGGCUUUCUUCAACCGGAUUCCCAAAAUCAAACGAUGGAGGGAAUAGGAUAUGAGUAUCUGAGAACUUUGCUGCAAACUUCCUUAUUGGAAGAAGUAAAAGGGGAGUGGAGAACAUGGUAUAAAAUGCAUGAUCUUGUGCAUGAUUUUGCAAAAUCAAUUUUGAAUCGUAACAGCAGCAAUCAGGACCGUUACCUUGCAGUAUACUCCUCCGAAAGAAUCAAUGAAAAAAAAUCAGCAUCACUUCGCACAUUAUUUUGGAAGGGUGGCAUAGCUGAUGAUAUGUUAUCAGAGUUCAAAUCCUUGCAUGUCCUAAAAUUGUUUGGAGCAGAUGUCAAAGAGUUGCCGACCUCCAUUGGCAAACUAAAACAUUUACACUUACUUGACAUUUCAGAUUCUAUGAUUACCGCUUUGCCAGAAUCUCUUUGCAAACUUUAUCAUUUGCAAACACUGAGAAUUGGCAAGCUUGAAGAAGGUUUUCCAAAGAAGAUGAGCAAUUUGAUUAGCAUGAGACAUCUUCACUAUGAUGAUGAUGAUACAGGACGCGAAAUCCAAAUGCCAUCCGGGAUUGGACGAUGGACUUUUCUUCAAACAUUAGAGUUCUUUAACAUAGGUCGUCAAGAGGAAGGUCGUGGUAUCCAAGAACUUGGGACCUUGCAAGAUCUUAAAGGCUCCUUGGAGAUCAGAAAUCUUGAAUUAGUAAAUGGCAAAGAUGAUGCUAAACUGGCGAACCUAUCUAAAAAGCCAAAUCUGCAUCGGUUGGUACUUGAGUGGGGCAAUAGGGAUGGGGAAAGUGAUAAAUGCGAUGAAGAUGUGUUGGAAGGUCUCGAAGUUCACCCAAAUUUAAAAGGGUUACAUAUCUGGAAUUUUAGGGGAGAUCAGAGUCCACAAUGGCUUGUGGAAUCAUCAACAUUAGUGGAAUUGCACUUAAUAAAUUCCAGAGAACUCACCCUCCCCACCCUAGGACAACUGUCGUCGCUCCAAUAUCUAUAUCUGUGUGGAUUGGAAAACACUACGUGCAUUGGACUUUCAUUCUAUGGUAUUUGUGAGGAGGAGGAUGGAAGAUCAGCAGGUUCAGGCACUACUAGCAGACAAACAUUCUUUCCAGCCCUUAAAAUUCUCUCUCUUGACAGGAUGAAAAAUUUGGAAGAGUGGAAGGACGCACAUGUGAUGGAUGUGUUUCCUGUGCUGGAAAAGUUGUAUAUUUGGGAUUGCCCCCAACUGACCACCAUUCCAGCUCCAAGUCGUUUCCCAAGUCUUGCUGUAUUGGAAAUCAAAGAGAAUUGCCAUGUUUUGCUGGCAGAAAAGGUUUUGAGCCAUAUAACCAAUCUUUCGUCCCUUGAAUUAAUGCGUGGAGGCAUGGAGUCUCUAAAAUUAGUGAUACGACCAGAGAGUAGUUUGAGGAUUGAUGGCUGUGACAGUCUACCCACUGACAUGCUCGAACGACUCUGUCUUUUCCCAAUUGCCAGAAGAUCUUUAUCAAUUUCAAGCUUUAGAGCACUUGGACAUAAGGGGUUGCCCGAGAAUUGA